UGCUUCUUCGGCGGCUUCGGGCACAAGAAGAGAACUUGAGACUCACUUCUGUUGGCCAUUGCUAUCGUCGCAAUGUCCUCCCCACUCCCUGCUGAAGAUGGAGACAUUUUCGAGAGUCUUCAGCGACCUGCCGAUCCCAAGGUGCUAGAGGAGCAGCAGCAGGCCGUGAAUGAACGUCUUCAUGCAAUUUAUCAGAAAGCGCAAGAUCGACUCGGGGAGCUGAUCGACCAAAACUCUACCUUGCCCUGCACAAUAUCGUCGGUCCAGGUCUUGAACGCAAAACAUACGCGCAGAGGCUUUCUGGAGCAAAUUUUCAAUCCAUUGCUAAGUGCGAACCAGAAGCAACCUCUUAGCCUGUCAGAAGCUCUACGGGAAAUAUCGGCACGUGCGGAUAAACUUAGUAGAUUCGACGUCUUUCAGCAGCCCAUCUCCGUGUAUCUAGACCAAACGCCACCGACUGAGGGACAAGCGGGACCGACAAAUAUCAACGUAUACUAUUCCGUUAAGGAGAAGUCUCGUGUCCUACUCAAAACCGGAACCGACCUGGGAAAUGCGGAAGGCUCAGCAUAUGGCAAUCUCUUAUGGCGCAAUGUGCUCGGGGGUGCUGAGAAUUUGAACUUCAAUGCGUCAUUGGGCACGAGGACGCGAUCUGCCUACCAAGCCGCGUUUGAUACACCAAUUCUUAGCGAUCCAGACUUUCGUUUGGAACUUGGCGGAAUUGCAAGCGCAACACAAAAGUCCUGGGCGAGCCACGAAGAAGUGUUGAAGGGUGGCUGGGGUAAGCUUCGGUGGCUGAACCGGUCCGGUCACCGUCAUGAACUUGGCUACAAUGGCUUUUGGAGACAAGUCACUGGCCUUGCAGAAAAUGCGUCUCCGACGGUCCGAGCCGACGCAGGCGAUAGCGUGAAGAGUAGCCUUUUCCAUAGUUGGACAGCAGAUCGUCGAGACAACCCAUUUCUCCCUUCUCGAGGCUACUACGCAAGGACAUUCAAUGAGCUGGCUGGUUGGGGACCAAUGAAAGGUGAUGUUGCUUUCUGGAAAUCUGAGAUCGAAACGCAAAGCGCUAUCCCAAUCCCUAUUCCGGGCAUCAAGGGAGAUAGCGGGGUAAGCUUUACCACGGGUAUCCGUGCUGGUCUUCUUUAUCCACUUGGGCUUGACUCCGACUCGCGACCGCGUCUUUCUCGCAUUAAUGACCGCUUCCAGCUAGGUGGCCCUACAGACGUUCGAGGUUUCCGCCUCUCUGGCCUCGGGCCUCACGAUGGUGCAGAUGCUGUUGGUGGUGAUGUGUAUGCGGCUGGCAGUGCGAAUCUCCUCCUCCCACUUCCACGAGUGGGCGCUGAGAAACCUUUCCGGUUACAGGCGUUUGUGAACGGAGGGCGAUUACUGCCUCUGCGAACGGCACAGAAGACUUCACCUGCUUCUGGCACGGAAGUCAAAGACGCUAUGUCAUCCACUAUCUCUGAACUUGGUAACGGCUUGCCGAGCAUCGCAGCCGGAGUCGGGCUCAUCUAUGCACACCCAGCCGCCAGGUUUGAACUCAACGUCUCCCUCCCACUAGUGUUACGCAAAGGCGAGGAAGGCAGGAAGGGGUUGCAACUUGGGAUCGGCAUUAACUUUUUAAUUCUUUCCGUAUGUUUACCAUUAUUCAGCUCCUACGGAGCUCAGUCUUCGGCACAAAACCUCCAAUUCUACCCUUCUACCUAUUCGUCUGUAUCAGGCCAUACAACCCCGUCUCAAGCAUCAUACGGAGGAUUUGGCUCACCGCCAAACCCAGCAGCCCAAGGAUACCCCGUUGGAGGGGUCGGGGGAGGUUAUGGCGGUUUCGGGUCACCAACCGCUGGUGUCAGCGGAAGAAUGGGUGAGCAGGGCGGCUUACGGACAGGAUGGCUUGCUGCAUUCGGGACUGAGGGCUACGAUGGCGAACCGCCGCUAUUGGAGGAGCUGGGGGUUAAUUUCGCGCACAUCCGUACCAAGACAUUGACGGUCCUUAACCCUUUUGCUCGUAUUGACCAACACCUCAUGGACGACAGCGAUCUCUACGGCGCCCUGCUCUAUAUCGUCCUAUACGGUACCUUUCUACUUCUUUCAGGCAAGGUAUUCUAUGGAUAUAUUUACGGUGUUGCUGUUUUCGGCACCGUCGCCCUUCACCUCAUCCUUAGCCUCAUGUCCCCCGUUGAUCCCACCUCACCAACUCAGGUGCCAAAUGCCGCAGACCCAUCCUCGAACUAUGAUCCACACGCGAAACCCGACUCCUCCGGACACUUCUCUGCUACGUUGACUUUCCCACGAUCCGCAAGUGUCCUGGGAUACUGUUUCCUCCCACUUGUGCUAACAAGUCUUUUGGGAAUCCUUGUACCCAUGGACACGAUGUUUGGGUACCUGCUUACGACGGCGGCGGUGGGGUGGUGCACAUAUUCUUCGUCUGGGAUGUUUUGUGCCGUGGCGAGAAUGAGUGGAAUGAGAGGGUUGGUGGCCUAUCCGUUGGCACUGUUUUAUGUGGUAUUUGGCAUCAUGGGAAUCUUUUCGUCGAGGGGUAGUGGGACGCUUGCGGCGAAGACGGGUGCGGCUUAAUUUCUUCAGCUUUCUACCUGUUCAGCCCCAUCCGCCGCCUAUUUUUCAUUAAAGCCAGCGGGAUUGAGUGUUUGAAAAGAACCACAGUUUGCCUUUAAAGGACUCUCACAUAUGUAUCUGGUGUAAUGACGUGUCGUUCCUAGAGCGGUGAGCGAGAAGCUUGGGUCUUUUUUUUUUUUUUUUUUUUUUUUU